UUACAAACUCCCAGAUUUUUUUUUUUUUUUUUUUUUUUUGACAAGCUCCCAGAAAUUCACGGCCAGAAAAAGUGAGCCAUUAUUAAGCUAAUAUCAAGCAAUAUCUUACCUCCCUUCCCUUUCUCCUCAGCAGCUUGCAAAAUGAAAGUGAUGGUGUCCCAAACUGCUUCUUUUGCCAACAUUAUUAACCAAAAAACAUACCAAUUCUUGCCAAAAUCUGAUAAAUUUACCACAAAAUUAGCAUCAUAUGUUAGUGUCAGCAAGAUGCAGCAUUAUGUUAAUCUUCCUCAACUAAGCUUAUCCCGAACCGCGAAAGUGAUCCACUGCCUCCCAUUUUCACAAUCUGAGGUUGGGAUGGAAACUGAAACACGCAGCAAGUUGGUUCGUGUGAAAUUUCAGCUGGAGAAAGAGUGUCAAUUUGGUGAUCGUAUUCUGAUAGUGGGAGAUGACCCAAUUCUGGGAACAUGGAACCUAUCAGAUGCCAUACCCUUCAUCUGGUCAGAAGGCCAUAUUUGGAGUCUUUCGUUGGAAUUGCCUGUGGGGAAGUCUAUCCAGUACAAAGCGUUGCUUAAGAACAGCAUAGGUGAAAUACUGUGGCAACCUGGUCCAGACAGGAGUUUCCGAGCAUGGGAGACGGAUAAUGUUAUAUCUGUGAUCGAAGAAUGGGAAAAUGCAGAAGCACAAAAGAUGAGUGAAGAACAGGAAGUUGUCAAAACUAAUGAGGAACAAGUGCCUAACACAGUGUUGAACAGCUAUGCAGGAGAUCUGGGUUCUGACAAGAAUGCUAGUACUGAAAAUAGAAAUAGGACUCACUUAAAAAAGGAGAAUCCAUCUUCAAGUGGAGUCAAGGACAGAAAAGCACAGAAAAAAGAGGUAGCAAUGAGAAAAGGUACCGAGAGACGGGCUAAGUCAGAUGCCGAACUAGAAUAUGAUGGAAUAUUGGUUACCGUUGAUGAAGGUCCGGUCCUUGUGCCAGGCUUGACUCUGCUAGUAUCAUCUUCUUAAUAAAUACUCUGCUAUAGAAAAUUAGAAGUUGAUUUGAUGCACCUGGAAACAAGAAUAUAAAAGAUUACAGAUGUACCAUUUUGAUUUAAAAACUUGUAGCAACCAAGUUUUCCUUUGUUAUAAUGGAAAACAAGUCAUGAUUUACAA